AUGAGACAGCCCACAUCAAAGCCCGCAAGGGAAAGAGAAAAAAUAAAAUACAAAGCUCACAGAGCAGUAACCAAAACCCACCAAGAAAUCAAGAUCAUCCUCACCCAGAAACAACCCAGGCCAGCCAUCCUGCAGAAAACACACAGACCCCGAGCCCCGCCCCAAAACAGAACCAGAGCCAGCAGGUACCGGAGCCCGACCCAGGACUGCCUCAGUGAUUUCCAGACCCCAUCCAAGUUAGUCUACCCAGUCCCCACCCCACAAGAAAAACUACCCCCACCCAAACAUUUGGACAGCUCCCAGACCAAGACACCCAGGCUGAGUUCACCCAUCCCCACCCAUGGCCCAUUCUUCCCCUGCCAGCAAUGCCCCAAGGCCCACCAAUGCACCAAGGGACCCCAAGCCAGGGCCAGGCACUGGUGCACGUACCAGCCCAAAACCCCGACAACAUACCCGCCAAGACCCAAGACCCGCAGACCCAGCCGGAAUCCCAGCCAGGGAGCGACACUCCCCCAGAACCCCAAACCCACCCAGGAGCAGCCAGGCCAGCAGGCCAGUAAUCCAUGUAUGCCGGUACAGACUGCCCAGAAGCCUGCAUGCAGCCACCAGAAGUCAUCCCCAGAACCAUCAAAGCCCCUCCCCAGUCGGGGGCCAUAG